CCCCCGCUGUAAAACUCAACUGGUUCCGGCGCCGGGUCAGGUCUUUUAUUGCGACAGUCACCACCGGAUAUUACGUCUGCCCCAUCUACCGCUAGCUCGACAGUGCGGUGCGCGUGUGCGUGUGUGUGCGAGAGUCCAUGUACGAGUGUGUGCCGCCCGGUGUGGAUGUCGGACUGUUCCCCGGUGAGAAAGCACCGAGCCCCGGCCUUGUGAGCAUGCCCCAGCUCGGCGUGUGACCCCGCUGGAAGUCGCGGAGCGGCCGCAGGGAGCCAGUCUCGUCCUCGGGCCGCGUUGGGGAAUCAGAGCACCGGCAGGAUGUUGCAAGUUCUAGCCUGUGGCGCUGUGGUCUUCCCCGGGCUGUUCCUCGCCUUCAGGAGGCUCCUGCCCUGCGUGUUCCGCCACUGGAGCGAUGCCGACGUGGUGCUGGUCAGCGAGAGAGUGGUGUCCUCCAUCCAUGCCAUCAUGGCAACAACUGCAGGAGUCAUCAUUGUGGCCUCAUGCAGGGACAACGUCAUUUACGACAGGCACUGGCUGGCUACAUCCUUUGUCAUCUGGUACGGCGUGCCCUACAUGACGUACGACCUCUUCGCCAUGUACCUCAGUCACUACCACCGUUUCCGAGUCAAAGGUCACGAGGACUACAAGCAGCACUCGCUGAAGACGGUGAACUCCUUCGUCCGCAGGGAGUUCCUGCUGGUGCUUCAUCACAUCGCGCUGCUCACCAUCCUGCUGCCCGUCACACUGUUUUUCAGGCAGGACCAGGGGGAUUUCUUCAUUGGCUGCUUGUUUCUAACAGAGCUCAGCACUCCCUUCGUCUCCCUGGGGAAGAUACUCAUUCAGCUUGCCCUCCAGAACUGCUGGCUGCACAAGGCCAAUGGCGGCAUGGUACUGUUCACCUUCUUUAUGUGCCGCAUCGCUCUCUUCCCCUACAUGUACUGGAUGUACGGCCGCCACUAUGGAGUCCCGCUCUACAGCGUGCCCUUCCACCUGCCGCUGUCGACCAACGUGGGCAACUUCUGCAUCCUGGCGCCACAGGUCUACUGGUUCGUGCUGCUUUGCCGGAAAGGCUACCGCCUGUACAAGCGCAGCCGAUGUCCCGAUCCGUCUCCUGCGGUCACAGUCACUGACAUUUCUAAGGACAAUUGAUAUCCGGUUCACGAUUGCUCGCUCAAGCUGCUCACUCAGCUACUAACGCAACUACUUCUACUGAGGCACUAGUUUGACUUAACAUUUUUCGAACCCCACCAUUGUACUGUAGUACACCAGGACUGCCUGCUGUUGUCCCACAAACUCCUGGGCAUUAUCCGCACACUUUUAAUUCCUCUGUUACAAAUCUGCUGCCUACAUGGACCUCUCCACCGAUCGAACUCUAACUACUGAAGUUUGCUGACUGGGGUGUUUUAGUUUUUUGGGGAUUUGGCUCUAGCCUGGAUCUUGUUGAAGUGCAUCCCUGCGUCCGUCUACAUCCUCAACAUGGAAGAAUGGUCAUAUUUGCUUCACUGAGAGUAACACGUGGAGUAAAAAGCACCAAAAAACUGAAGAGGAGCCUCCAUGGACAGACAUCUUAUCUCUUACUCCUACUGUGUUUACAGCCUCUGCUGAUUUGAAAGGUCUGUUACAGUGUGUGUGUGUGUGUGUGUGCGUGUGUGUGAGAGCGGCCUGUGUGAACAGGUUGUAUUUAUUUUUAUGGUUUUUCUGUAAUGUGUCCGAUAGUUUCCCAUGUCAUCCAUUCGCUAAUCAAAGAAGAAGGAUUAGGAAUAUCGGUGGGUGUGAACUCGGGCAGUAUUGGCAGGAAAAAAGUCGCCUCAUCCACACUAGAGAAGUAACAACAUCUACAGUUGUUAAUACCCAUUAAUGUGAUGUCAUGUUAAGGUUUCAGCCCUGUUUAUUGUGUUUGUAGUUUCCCACACUGCAUGCCAUCACGGCAACAGCCCCACAUUCCUCACCGGAGCAUCCAGCACAGAUUUAUAGUCUUGAUUCUUUUGUUUUCAGUAUCUACCCGAUUCAAUAGGGCCACUGUCGCUCAGCAUGCAUACUGUAUCCCCGUGAAUUGAUGCUGCCCUCGUGGACUCUCAGCAUUUUUCAAGGGUUAGGAAUAAAUAUCGUCCUGUGUUGGAGAAUGGUGUCACCGACGAGAGGUCUUAGCUGAGGGGAACCAUUCUUCAUUUUCAUUUGAAACCAUUAAGAGGUGCUUGGCACAACAAAAUAUGCCCCAUGCUGGAUACUGAAAAGACCUCAAAAGAAUCAAUUUCAGAAAAAUAUAGACCAGGCACCAAAUAAUGUCUACAGGAUCAAAUUGGGACUAAACUACACCUGAAUGAAGUUCAGACUAUGAGUAUAAACUGAGCAUGUGAGCAUCUUUACCUGCUUCUGCAGAGCUUCAGUUUGGCUUCAUGCUGCUGAGAGUUUUAUUUUCUGGAUCCACAGUCUUUGUUUGGAGCGUCACAGCUGUCACAGAAAACGCUGACAGUCCCUGACUGUUGCGACGUGUUGAAGAUUACUUUUCUCCUAUAGGCGCUGGAGACAUUGGACAAACUCAGGGUCAAGGUCAGAGCAAUAAGGUGGGCGGGGGGGCUCACCAGGGCAAAAAAAUAAUACAGGAGAUUUGACAUUUCUGAGCAAUUUAUCCACUGAUAUAAACACAUGAAUUGAGGAUAUCGGGAGUUAUUCCUCCUGUGACACACUUAGAAGAUGAUGUUCAGUCAGUGUUGAGUUUCCCCAGGGCUCCGGAGAUUUGUAUGCACUUCACACAGGGCUGUACAUACUUAAUGUUUUUAGACAUUUACAUCAUGUUUUAAUCAUAUAAAGCUAGUUUUAAACCUUAAUCUUAUAUCUAUAUCAUGCAAAGCAAUUACCUUUGGAUUCACAGUUGCAUAAUGACAUUUAUCGUAGAUUUAAAGGCAUUUCAUUUUGAAUAUUAUAUUUCUUCAUAUCAAAUAGUAAAUAGAAGAUAUUAUUUCUGCAGGGUUUAGUUUCAUACACAGUCUUAGACCCUGUUAUUUUAAAUCCUUGGAUAAUAUUCUUGGUCAUUCGAGCUUUAUACUGAACUAACUGAUUAAGAAUGUGUUAAUGGCCUUUUUUUACCUAUGCAAAAAGAGGCUGCAGUGCAUCUAUACAACACUAACGUCAAGCCAUAUCUAAUCGACCCACGCCUCCUUAUGUCAUGAUCUUUUUAAAUAUUUGGGGGAACUACAUUUAUUUCCCACUGUACAUUUCUACCAGGACUCCAAACCACAAAAGCUUGAAGAAUUACGUGUGAAGUUUUCCUCUUUUUUUUUUUUUUUUUUGUUCUCCACAUAUCUUUCAAAUUUACCCACGAACUGCUGAAAAUUGCAAAGUGAAUAUUUACAGUUUUUUGACGCGUCAAACAACAACAACAAAGUUACAGAUUAAGCUCUGUCGACAAAUGUGAAACGAGUGUUGCAUCUUGAACACAGUCAAGAUGCAUCAGUCGGAAGCCUAAUGCUUAACAACACUCUGAAACCAAGUGAGUUAACGGACUUUGGGAGUUGGUGAAGUUAUCUCAGUAGCAUUUUUCUCUAAAAGGAGGCGAACAGCUUUUCCUUUUCAUGUGAAUUUUCUUUCUUUUUUUUGAAUCUUUGGUUUCUUGAAUGCUUUACUUUAGUUUUUGAAGUUUCUUCUGUUUUACAAUAAAACAACCCAGUGCUUUUUGCUGAGCAGCAGCCGCAUCAGAACCAUUAGAAGAUGAUUAGAAGAUAACUUGUAUUUCUAAUGGCAAGUUACAGCCCCAUAACUUCAGGGCUCUUGGAGUCUCAAAUAUUAGUUUUUCCCCUUGAUAUAAGUCAAAAGUUUCCACUCUAUGCACCAUAGACUGUAAAUAAUCAUGGCUGGUGUCUCCACCUUCUCCCCACUAAACAGAAAUGGAGCCAAAAUAUCUCGGAUACGUCUUUUUAAUGUCCCGUGGAGCCAGAAUCUGCAGAGUAGUGAUAUCUGAGUGGAGCCGUGGUGUCAGGAUCCCGUCAACAUGCACGCUCAGCCAAUCAUGUUAAUCAUGAUGUUUCACCCAGUUUCAUAUCAUCGAAUAACAAAGAAAGAAUGAAACGUAUCUGUGGAACAAACAUCAGGGUGAUAAUGUGACAGACACUGUCUUUGGGACAUUGAGGCGUCUGUCGUGUUCCCCGUGCCCUUGUUCGGAAAUCUUGUCGUUGCGGUAAACACUUCAACAGCCGUGUCUGUCGGAAGCAGUAUUGAACAUAGGAGGUGAUGAGUCGUCUUGAUUGUGGACAGACGGUCUGUUUGCUGACCAACAGUACAAGGACAGGGGGGGGGGGGUUAAUGGGAGAUGAGCUGCUGAAUGAUGGGCCUGUUUGGCCGGUUUGGCCGGAACCCAGCAGAGUGCAGGCCUCUUGUUGUCCACGGUUCACUGGGCCGCUGUUACUGGAAAAACAUCCCAGUCUCUUUGUUCUGCUCUCGGCUCAACCCUCCCUCUUUUUAUUUUUAUUUUACUGUCCUGUUCUUACUCUGCUCGUCCUCUUCCAUCCGCUCUCUGGGUGCGUAGUGUAAAAAGGCAAAUCAGCCACCAAGAAGAAAAUAUGGUGAAUUUUACUCUUACACUUUAUGAUGUAUUUAAGUGCUUGUUAAAGGUCUCCACUCUCACUGUAGUCCCAUUGGUUGUUACAUAAAUCAACCCUUUUCGUUUAUUAUUUUUUCCUUUUUAUUUUAUUUAUUUUAUCACCCAUUCUCUUUCCUACCAUCCAUAUCUGCUCCAGCCUCCUCCCGGUGGCUGAUCCCAGGUCUGUUCCUCUGCAGUCACAGGAAGUUGCUGAGCUGUGAUGCUCUCUGCUGCCAUCUGUGGUCGGGAUUAUCUGCUCGUCCACUCAGCAGUUCUCAGGCACACAACCAUCGGGAUUAGUUUAGGAGUAUUUGGGGUUUUUCUGUUGAAGCUUGAGCGUCUCAUUUCAUUCACCUCCUUCAGAUACAUGUGUAUCUCAGAUUUGAGCCGGGACGACCUCAAUCUCCUCUGAACACACUGUAGAAACCCACACGCUGCUUUGUUUUCAUGCUCUUCGGAAGAUUUCCAUGAUUUCAAAUUGGCCAUUUUGCUUCAUGCUUUGCAUUUGAAAGAACAUCAUGGCAAAACAACUUUCUGAGGUGUAGCAGCCUGUUUGGAACGUUUGAGCUUUGCGUCUCGACUUUUCCAUUGAAACUGAACCACAUAUUAAGCUUUUCAAAGCAUUUGUUUAAUCUCAAUUUUGCUCUUAUUCUGAAGGGGUCGAUUUUACAGUUAAUGAAAAAACGUCGAAAUUUACAGUUAUACAAAUUAAAAUUCAGUGAGCUGGACCAUUUUUUAUUUUAACAUGAGCCUUUUGUCUCUUGGUUUAAAAAAAGAAUCGUGGAAUAAAUACAGAAAAUAUAACAUUCCACUGUUUUUCAUCAACGCUUUAUUAUAUUUUAUCAAUCAUGAUUUUUUUUUUUUUUUGCAUAUUUUAGGGGCACAUGUCCAAACUUCAAAUGGAAUUGAUUUAUUGACGCUUGAUUUAAAAAAAAUAAACAGAUUUUAUGGAUUGGCCAAUGUAUGUUUUUUUGAUUUUGUUUUAGAAUAUACCUCGAAAUCAAAUGAAUUAAUCGGACUUUACAUGAUUAAUAAGUUUGCUCCAUAGACGUGAAGACAGCAUUUCAGAGAAUCCCUCAGAACACAGUGUGGACGCUUCCUGGUUAAACACAGAUCACAUAUCUUAACAGUCAAUCGAUUCUUAACAUACAAAGUCUUAAGUUCCACCUCUCUGCUCAGGGUUUGAUGAAGUCUGAUGACCUGUGUGUGUCUGUGUGUGUGUAUAGAGGUUUAUUGUGAGACUGACACUGAAGAUGCAGUUUAUUUUUUGUGUGAUUUCAACAUAUUUUGUUCUUAGAUUUGCUUCUAUUUAUAAUUUCUGACACGGCUUCUGAUCCUUACACUCCCAGGGGUUGGUAAACCAAAGACUGUCAGGCACUUUAGUCGAUCAUAGUGACUGUAGUGACAUGAAGAGAGAUCUGUUUUGAUUUUUCUGUGUUUUUAGAUCUGCUGUAGAUGAUUUUUCUUUAAACAAAAACAUGAAUUACUCCAGAUUCCCCCCCAAAAAAGACCAUCAAGUCUUAUCAUGUGGGUUCGGAUCCCAGAGGGGAACCGACAUGAAGGGUUUGUGAUCUGAGGAGGUGGUGGAGCAAAUACACACUAAUCAGGUGUUAAGUCCAUUCUCCAUUAACAUGCCACCGUCACACAGAGGACGUUUACGUGUUCUGGCUUCUGAAACUACAUAAUGAUUAUAACCCUACAUUUCACGGACACAUUAAGUGCACGAUAUGUCAUUUCCGUUGUCUCUCGAUCUAAACAUUGACAAAAGAGGAAGAUUGCGCCUCCAGGAAUUAUCUGCAGACGUCUCCUCCACAAAAUCAACAGACUUGAUAUUUAAAAUGAGUAAAAAACGCUGAAUUAAGCGGUUUUUCGUGUUAAAAUGUUUUAUGUGUUUUCUUUGAGGCUCAUUGGCAGGAGGACUGCGAGUGGGGCUGUAAAUAGCACGGCUGUUAGCCAGUGAGGCAGCGAUGGCUUAUUUUGGUGGUUUUCCCAUCAUUUAAUGCAGAGAUGCUCUGAUAGAAUUCUUCCCUCCCAGCAUGAAAUAUCUCAACGUUGCUGACCUUUUAGCUAGCACUGGCUAACGAGAGAAAUCAAAGAAGAGAUUUCCAGAUUACAGUUUUGUCUGGGUGAAAGUUAAUAUACUUUAAAGAUGUGGUAUCGGCUCGGUACAUAAAGUUGCAUACACAACAACCAUACAGUUGACAAAGGCUAAAAAAGAAUAACACCCAACCUUGUUUUAGUUUUUGCUUGGUCCUUUUCUCGGUAUAAACACAGAACGCUGGAAGGAAAUAGUUUAAAGCUACAUUCAUGUCAUGUUGGAUCAAUUGCGGGGGGGGGGGAGUCAGACUAUAUUAUAAUAUUUGCAUGAAAUAGGCGUCAGGAACAGAAGUGAGACAGAUUCUGCUUUUAAACUAGUAGCAUCAAUGUUCCAUCCUUUGCUUUUUCUUCUGAAAUUAUGUGAAUGCGGCAUUAGACUCAUGAAACACACAAAAGUGAAUACAAACUGUUCCUGGGGCUGAUUUUGAUCUGCGGCCCGAGAACCACACUUGGUUUCCUGUGCCUCGCGAUAAAUUUACUUCCCCCACAAAUCUCAUUGUGAAAGAGCAAAGCUGGCAGCCAGUGUUUACAAGUUGUGGCUGUAUUUACUGGUUUAUUACCAUUGUCACCAUUAUGUCCUCCGGGACGGUGACACUUUUGGUUUUUCGUUGCGAUGAAAUCAUAUUAAAGACAGUGAUUGAAACUAUUUUAGAAAAAAAACAGAUCGCUAUGCAUCUACUGCUAGAAUGAGAAUACAAAUUAAAUAUUUAGUAGGAUUUCACAUUUUGUAGCAUUUUAAUUUAUAUUUUCAAAUCAUCGUGCAAAUCCCAUGAUGUUUUUUUUUUACAUGGAAUCAUUUGAGGAUGAAACCCUUUAAAGCAUAGACUGGUUCUAGACUAUGUUUGCUGUGUCUCUGUUGAUUUUAGAGCUUUUCAUCAGUUUGGCGGAUGUGGAUGUUUUAGGCGACAACUUCACGACCUUCAACACGUCCUGCCCCACAUUAUCUUUUGAUCGCGUUCUAAUUUUUUCAUACAUAUCUAUCGAUCAGAUUUGAUGCAUCUGUCCUUUUUUUUUUGUAGCGUGACCUUUUCUGAGGAACUUUGCUAUCUGAAAAGAGACUGGACUGUUUUUUGUUUUGGAAUCUAACUUAAAACAAUUGAUGUAUAAGAUGAGUUAUGUACUGUAGCUGCAACUAGUGAAUUCAGAGCACCCCUUUAAAAUUCAAUAAAUUUGAUUUGAUAGACCGUC